GAGAAUGUUUACUGGAACAGAGUCUCUGAUUGGCUUGGCAUUCCUCAGUAUGAUGAGAUCACUAGGAGGUGAGGCUCACUUGCAUAGAAUAACAUCUCCUUAUAUGGCGCAGCGGGACUGAUCCAUAUCAAGGAAGGAGGUAGGUAGCAGAUGAUUGUCUGCCUCAGGCAAAGUUUGUGUAGCCUAGUCUUUUAGAAAAGUUCUUAAAGUUGUACAGUCAGUUUCCCCAUCUGUUUGACUUUAUUUCAGAUGUUUUACCUAUAGGUAUCAAAAGGACUCAAAGUGUUGAUUGACUUCAGAGUACAAGGCAUGCGAGAGAUGAACACACUAUAAUUAUCUGUCAGUUACUUAAAUUAUUGGAUUAGUAUUUUAUUUGAAGUGCUCACAAUGAAGUCUCACUUCUACUUAAUCCAUGCACACCAGAAUGUACACAUAAGCCUAUUUAAGAGCACUUUCCCUGGUCUUUCACAAAAGUCUCCCAUAGGCUUCAUUGUCACUUGCCCCGGCACCCCCGCGGCUAGUUGAGAGUGGUGUCUUCCGCGAGCUAUCCGUAACCACCCUUCUCAAAGUGAGAUUUAUCAGCACACCAAGGAAGUUUUGUGUCGCCGCCUCAGAUGUAAGCUGCCACGGGACUCAAACCGUGACUCAAAAUGAAAGCCCUCCGUUAAGGGAGAAGGGAUUAGGGGAAUGAUUUUUUAGCAGAACACCAUACUGUUAGGGUCAUCAAACUCUGUCGGAGUUUGACUCAUACUCCUUUCCGAUGGUUUACAGCCCUUGGCCAUGGCCGCUCAGAUGGGCAACAUGAACCGUGAAGACCGGAAUGUGCUCCGAAUGAAAGAAAGAGAAAGGAGAAAUCAAGAGAUCCAGCAAGGAGGAGAGGCCUUCCCAGCUAACUCCCCUCUCUUUCCCGAGCCUUAUAAAGUUUCUAGCAAAGAAGACAAACUAUCCAGCCGUAUCCAGAGCAUGCUAGGAAAUUACGACGAGAUGAAAGAAACGAUCGGUGAAACCCCCAUAUCUAAACUCAUGAGCAAAGGAUCAGGUUCUUCCUCUUCCGAGGAGAAGUCAGGACAGUACAGCGAACAGAGAGAAAGAGGAGGUAGCAGUGGAGGAGGAGGCGGCCAGAGCAGCAAAUGGACUCCUGUUGCCUCAUCCUCGUCCUCCUCCUCCCAGAUGCAGAAGCGCUCCGGGCUCCAGGGCAGCCAGCGCGGGGCCGGAGGCAGCGGCAGUAGUAGCGGCAGCAGCAGCAGCAGCCAGAGACACGAGAAGGACUAUAGUGGCAGCAGCAGCGGCAAGAAGUCCAGCAAGCACAGCAACUCGGACCAGUCCAAGGGACACACGUCCAGCCCGGCUAAGGGCUCGUCCAUGGGCUCGUCGGGCCACUCGCGCUCCAUGGGUGGCUCCGAGCACCACGGCAAGGACCGCUACCGCAAGUCGCCGCGGGAGCGGGAGCGCGAGCCCAGCUGGGACUCGCCGUCGCGCGUCCACACCUCGACCUUCGCCACAGGCCAGCACUCCAGCCAGGCUUUCCCGCCCUCGCUGAUGACCAAGCCCAGCUCCAUGUUGCAGAAGCCCACGGCGUACGUGCGGCCCAUGGACGGGCAGGAGACUGCUGAGCCCAAGGGCUCCACUGAAACGUAUGGCGGACAGUCGCACAGCAGCAGCGCCGGCGAGAUGAAGUCCAACGGCAAGGCCUCGCUCGCCAAGCUCAAGAUCCCCACGCAACCGGUAGAGGGCUCCAUGACCGGUGAUUCAAGCUGUGUUGAUGAGAUCUUAAAGGAAAUGACUCAGUCCUGGCCUCCCCCACUGACGGCCAUUCAUACUCCCUGUAAGACAGAGCCAUCCAAAUUUCCCUUCCCUACAAAGGACUCCCAACACUCAAGUUUCAGUGGAGGACACAGCAAGAGGUGCAGCACGGGGAAGAGCUCCUCCAGCACACAUGGCUCCAAACCCUGCGAGGGCGACCAGGCCAACAUGCUGGAGAGUGACCUUGCAAUAAGCAGCAGCGACGGAGAGAGUGACGGCGAGCAGGACUCUGCCAAAACGGCCCCCAGGAGCGCCCCUCAGAGCCAGGGUCCGGAGGUGGCGGAGAAUUCUCGGGAGGACGCAAGCAGCCACACGGGGUCUGAGAGCAGCUCGGCGUCGGACAGCGAGAGCGAGAGCAGCUCCAGCGAGAGCGAGACCAAUGAACCACCACGCGCCGCUUCACCAGAGCCUGAGCAGCCCACUGCCAACAAGUGGCAGCUGGACAACUGGUUCAAGAAGGUCAACAAAUUUUCCCCAGCGUCGCCCGUGGACAACAACAAUGUGCCCACCAAGUACAGGAAAGAGAGCAGGGAUCCGGGGUCGGGCCGUGGGUACGGUGGCCAGAGUGGAUCGAAAGACGCUGGUGCGCCCACGCAGGGUCGUGACUUACGACCGGCCCAGAAGAGUUCGGAGAAUGGCCGGGGGCGUCAGAAGUCGCCUGCGCAGAGUGACAGCGGUGCAGGGCAGCGGCGGACUACGGGUAAAAAGCUGCCCAAGAAGUCGGAGAAGCCGCCGGUGGUGGAGGAGCCCAAGGGGGGGCUGAUGGUGGAGAGCGAGACCCCGCAGGACAUCCCCACGCCGCGCAAUAAGGCGCCCAGCAAGGGGCCUCGCAAGCCCAACAUCAAGAAGGAGCCCAAGUCACCGCGGCAGGCCCAGGACAAGCGCAAGGCCAAGGCGCCCACCAAGACGCCGCAGAAGUCCCGCGAGUUUGUGGACACGGACUCGUCGUCGUCCGACUCCGAGGGCAACGAGAGCAUCCCGUCGUCGUCGCAGACGCCCAAGUACCAGGAGAGCAUCCGCACGCCCGUCUGCGUCUUCUCGCCCAUGGAGGAGAAGGAGCUGCUGUCGCCGCUCAGCGACCCCGAGGAGCGCUUCGCCACGCGGCAGGUGCUGCUGGUCAAAAUCGACCUGAGCCUGCUGUCCCGCGUCCCCGGCCGACACUACAAGGAGCUGGACCAGAUUAAGCAGGAGAGGGACGUAGGCGGCGGUGGUGGUGGCGGGGGAGGAGAGAGCGACAGCAAGGACCUCCAGAAGCCUCCCAGCGAGAAGACCUCCAGUAAGGGGAAGAGGAAGCACAUCAAGAAUGAGGAUGAGGGCAUGAAGCCGGAGGGCAAAAAAUCCAGGAUGGAGGACAAGGCCUCAUCACAUUACAAGUCCAGCAGUAAAGAGUCGUCCAAGCGCGGCCCGGAGAAGGAGAAGGAGUUGGCACCCUCGCCCUCGAUGACGGGCCUCCAGCGCACGCCCAAGCCGGAGCACCAGAGCCGCAAGCGCACCACCAGCCUGUCGUCCAACUCGCUGUCCAGCGGAGCCAGCAGUGGCAAGGAGGGCGGCCACAGCACAAGGAACGGCCCCGCCUCCAAGCACCGGCGCGAGGACAAGCAGGGCCGCAGCACCAGGGAUGGAAAGAAGUCUUCUAAGAUGAUUGAUGGCCAGCUGCCUGACUGCUCUAAGUCGAGAUCCAAGCUUCUGUUUGAAGACCGGGUGCAUUCUGCCGAUUACUACCUACAGGAGGCCAAGAAGCUGAAACACAAUGCUGAUGCUUUGAUGGACAGGUUCGAGAAGGCAGUUUACUAUCUGGACGCUGUGGUGUCCUUCAUUGAGUGUGGGAACGCCCUUGAGAGGAGUGCCCAAGAAGCCAAGUCUCCCUUCCCCAUGUACGCCGAGACUGUGGAGCUCAUCAAAUACACUAUGAAACUAAAGAGCUACAUGGCCCCAGAUGCCACAUCUGCAGACAAGAGAUUGGCAGUGCUCUGUCUGAGGUGUCAGUCUCUUCUCUACCUGCGGCUCUUCAAGCUGAGGAAGGAAAGUGCACUCAAGUACUCCAAAACACUCACUGACCACUUAAAGAAUUCCUUAAGUAAUACCCAGGCGCCGUCUCCAGGGUUGGGCAAUAAAGCGGCGAGCAUGCCAUCUCCGGUCUCCCCCAAGCUGUCCCCGGGCAGCGCGGGCAGCUACUCGUCCAGCAGCUCCAACCCCAGCAGCUCCUCCUCCGUCAACAUCCCUCAGCGCAUCCACCAGAUGGCAGCCAGCUACGUGCAAGUCACCUCCAACUUCCUCUACGCCACCGAGGUGUGGGACCAGGCCGAGCAGCUGGCCCGCGAGCAGAAAGAGUUCUUUGUGGAGCUGGAGAAGAUGAUGGGCCCGCUGAUCUUCAACACGAGCAGCAUGACCGAUCUGGUGCGCUACACUCGCCAGGGCCUGUCCUGGCUGCGUCAGGACUCCAAGCUGAACCAGUAGAGGUGCUCUCCAUCGUCUUAUCAUGCUGGACUCCUUCACUCACUCACUUAACGCGACUCUCUUUCAGAGCCUGGGACUCAUGGGCCUUUUGUUUUCCAAAGCCCAGCAACACACACACACAAAAAAACAAAAACACUCAUUAGCGUUGCGGGCUUGAUCUGCCUCAGACAUUUUGCAUAUCUCUCACUGUGUUCAUCAUCUGCACCAGCUUGCCAAAACCAGCAGCAGCAACAGCAGCAAUGACAAAAACAAACAAAAAAAGACGCAAAAAACUCGUCCCUACGGAAACCCCAGCUCCAAGUAGCUUUGUGAUAUUUAUUAUGGAAGGACAAUUCAAGCUACCAAGAAGAACUCCUUCCAAACCCCCCAGCCUCCACCCGGAUCCUGCGUGCUCUCCCAUAUCAUUGGGUUGAAUUGGUUUUUAGUCAAGUAUUUAUUCAAUCCAUUGUCAAUGAUGAAGGCAUUUUAGUGCAAAGCCAUUUAUAUCGUUUUUAAAUUUCUUUCUUUUUUUUUGUCAGCAGUAAGCAAAUGUGCAUGAAAUUGGGUUUUUCAUUGGCUUUGUUUAACCAAAGUACCUCCCACUUAACCAAAUGUGCUUUAAAACUUAAGGUUUUGUCCUUUAUCUGUUUUGUGCCUUGUAUUUGAUAUACAGGAAAAUAGGACGACACUUGUCCACAUACUCAUUUCCUUCAUGAAAUGUUGAUUUUUUUUUCUUUUUAAACAAAACCGCAGAAUCGUUCUGAUGACCGGUCCACUGGGUAGCACAUCUGUAUUUUUUUUUCAAAGGCACAGCAGAGUAUGGAGGCCAUUGCAAAGUUGUACUCUUGCAAAACAAAACAAAGUCCAUUCGUUUGAAAGGUUUUGGGCAGAAUUGGCCAUUCAGAGGAAACAUGCUAAAUGGCUGCCAACGGACUCAGAUCCUGAGGCGUUUUAAUGCUCACGUUUUAAGGUUUGAGCAAUAGUAAUGUAGCAUGCACAUGGGGUUGUUUUUUUAUCCAGUCACAGAUUUAUUUUUAUGAAUUGCAGGAGCAUCAUGCGUCUGCGCAUCAUCGUCACACAUAUGGCCCAAACUAUAUUUUAUUUAUACAAAGUAGAGCUUGCUUUGAGCUAAGUCCUACCUUCGCUUACAGAUUUGAAAAGGCUUCAAACAGGGUUGAAACUAGAGCGCAGAAAUGUAAAGUAUUUCUAUUGUAAAUGGAAAGUAUUUAAAUAUUUAAUGUCAUUCAUGAAUUUCCCUUCUUGGCAUAAUCGUCAUUUGUGUAUUACAGAUCAUUUAAUGAAAAAGUCAUCUAUGGAAUAUAUUUAUGGUAUUUGCUAUGGAUAUUUGCAUUGAGAGUGUGAUUGUGUGUAUGAGCGAGAGAGAGAGUGUGUGUGUGUGUGUUGUGUUUUGUCGUUUCACUUCAACAUCUUUCCCCUUCCCACCAUUGCCCCUAAUCUGUCUGAUUUGAUAGCAGUUUCAUAUCGUAGAGUUGUUCCAGCUCGUAAAGUAGAAAAGUAAUAGAACAAAAAACAAACAAACAUGGUAUUGUAGGUUUUAGAUUAUUCAGGGCAGUCCAAGUAUGUUGUAUGCUGGAAAUGCCCGUUAUCUAUACCUUGCACUAGAACUACUACUAUUAUUUUAAUAGGCUCCAUUGUAACUGUUAAGGGGGAAAUCAUUCAUUUUUACUUAGUUCAUUUGAAUGAAUGUAGUAGAGAUCAGAACUGUUAUGGUACAUGCCUGCAGGGCAUAGCAACACAACACUGUGGUUAGUUGACAGUCAUACAAUAGUUGUUCUGUCUCCUUCACUCGGGUCAGACAUGUGACCGGCUCACAGUCAGUUAAAAAUGAUUAUAUCACACGUUGAGGCUGAGCCGAGUAAAACAGGUAUGUGUGUCUGGGCCACAGUCAACCUCUUGGGCCUCUGGUGUGGUCCUAUUCAACAUCAGUGGAAACCGCUGGGAGACUCACUGUGGCGUAGCCACAUAAUCUGAAUCGAGUCCCUUGUUUUGGCUUGUUCCUGUGGCCCGGAAGCGCUCCAGACUCGCCAUGUUUUUCUAGUGGGCUACUCACUUCAGCUGGUGAGGUAAAGGAGUGGACGUGAGCAGCGGACCCGACUUUGCCAUCUGACCUCUGCCCACUGUGCUGCUAGACGCGUCAGAGUUCCCAUAGUUCCUUCUGUUCCAGUGCAGUACACACAGGCCUGAGUCCAUGGCUCCCCCUCACCCGGAAAGCACUCGACUGGCACGGAUGCAUGGCAAAUCGGCGCCGGUUGUGCGCCGGAUCGGGGCCACAUCCGUUUCAGUCAGCUGCUCUCUGGGCAUCCCUACCUCCUCCUGAUUCCAUAUGAGCAUAACAAUAUGCACACACACACACGUACAUGCUUAUCGUCACAGACACAUAUAGAUAUAUGCUUAUGUAUCACACAGGUAUUUUCAUAUGAUUAAACACAGGUAUAUGCAUAUGGUCACACAGGUAUACAUGCAGAUAUACACACACAAUCACACACCAACCCUUUAUUUGACACUAGGCAAGUUGUCAGUUACCAGGCCCGCCGCCUUGUUUUGUCUUGGUCAAGGAAAUCUGGUGUUUUCAGCUGUUAGGACUGUGGGCUCAGGCUUGAUGUACACUCAUUGAUUUACUGGUAGUUUCCUCUGUGCGCAUGUGUGUGAGAGUGAGUGAGAGAGAGAGAGAGAGUGUGUGUGUGUGUUUGUUUGUAGCUCAGCUUUUUUUUUUUUCAAAAGGUGUUGCACAUUUUAAUCCCUGGAACAGAGCCCAUUCACCUUGUAGAUGUUUUUAAUUUCGAGAAUGCUGUCUGAUGGCCUUUGCUUGCCAGUCUGUGGGGUAUAACCCAGUGUCCUCAUCAGUCCCUGCUUGAUGAGUAGCAAAGAGAGGAACAUAAUUGAUGAGGAUAGUUGCUAUUCAGAGUACUUAUCUUUAUGCUCUGGAUAUAUUGCCAACAGAUUUAAGGUGUUUACCUUACUGCCAGAAAAGGAUUAAUGGCAUGCAUUACUUUUUUUAUAUCUUGUUUAACACAUGUUUGUUUUAUGACUGUCUAGUUUGUCCAUAGAUUACUUGGAUCAGUUUGUUUUUAUACUGAGCUUGUAACAUUAAUUUAGAUACAUUUGUUUAUCUCCAGAUGAAUAUUAUUAAUAAUUCUUAUUAACUUGAAUCCAGGGUAAGAAUACUUUUAUUUGACAUCCAACAAGAACACGUAACACUCGCAUGUCUAUUUAAAUGGCUAAAAUGUAUAAAUGUAUAUAAAUGUUUCUUUUGGGUAAAUUUUUUAUAGCAGUUAAUCAUUUAUAUGAUUAUGUAAAUAGAACAUGAAAAUAUAUGCACAUCUUCAUCAUUAAAUCUUUUUUGUUUUUCUUCCAAACUUUAUUUUGACACUUUGUACUUAACACUGUAUGUCGUUUUCAAUUUAAACUGUUGGCUUUUUUCUUUCUUUCUUAAGAAUUCUCGACUAUUUUUACACACCCUCUUUGUCUGUGGCUUUCUGAGCUCUCUGUCCUUCUCGCCAAACUUCCUAGAGUAAGAUUCUGUUCCGUGCAUGGUCCAGAAUGAAAAGCAGCUUCAUCAGUGCAUAUUGCUCAUCGAAAAACAAAUGUUCCACAAGAUAUCAUUAAAAUACUUUGUUUUUCUUUUGGGGCAAAUGUAACCCAGUAACAAGUUAGAGAUAUCUUUCGAGGCAAUUCUGUACUGUUGAUGAUGUGGAUGUUUGUAUGUCGUACUCUUUUUACAGUUGUCUCUAAAAAAGGCCAUUGGCAGAUGCAGAACAAUAUUCAAAUUGGUUUAGUUUAUACGUAAUGACAAAGAGAUUGAUGAAAAAUCUACUUAUAUAUUAUGGAUGCAAUAUGAUAAUUGUUUAAAAGGUACAUUUUAAAGGUUCUGUUUCAUUUAUCCAGACUUGUUAUAACUUGUAAUUUAAAGCAUUUUGUGAAGUGAGUGUUACUGGUAACUAAUGAAUUUUCUGAGUCUGUUGUGAAUAUUUGUAUUUUACUGUAUUGAGAAUAAAAAAUGUAUAUGAUUA